AUGGAUCUGUCAAUCUGCGGAACAUGUGGUGCUCAGUUUAGCAGUUCAUCAGUGAAGUCCUGCAAGAUAUGCGACGACCCUCGUCAAUACGUCCCUCCUCAGGGGCAAUGGUGGACAUCGCUACGCACUCUGCAGGAGUCAGGGAAGCACCAGAAUGUCUUUCAUGAAUAUGAGCAUUCCGGGCUCGUGAGCAUCGUCACUGUCCCUGCGGUAGCAAUCGGACAGCGAGCAUUUCUCUGUCGUACGGAAAAUGGUAACGUCCUCUGGGACUGCAUCAGCUACAUCGACGACGAGACGAUCCGCCACAUCAACGAGCUUGGUGGGAUCCAGGCAAUCGCCAUUUCCCAUCCUCACUUUUACUCUACCGCUAUUCACUGGGCGGAGGCCUUCAACUGUCCCGUCUAUUACUCAGCAGAAGAUGAGGAAUGGAUCCAGCGUUUCCGUGACGGUGGCCCCCUGAGAGUGGUUGCAGGCUCAGAACCCCAAAACCGGACGGGAGCCCAGCAGAUUUUGUGGGAAGGAAAUGAAUUGAGCCUUCUUAAUGGCAAAAUUAAGAUCCUCAAGACUGGGGGCCAUUUCCCGGGAAGCGCUGUCUUAUUUUGGGAAGAUGAGCAGCGAUUGUUGGUUGCCGAUACUAUCAUGGUUGUGCCCAGUGGCGUCUACCAUAUUGAUAGGCAACCAGGAACGAUUUCAUAUACCUUUAUGUGGUCAUAUCCGAACCAGAUACCACUCUUCCCAGACGCCAUCCACCGCAUAUGGAAGACUGUUGCGCCACUUGACUUUGAACAUGUACACGGCGCCUUCAACGACCGCGAGACUAUCGGAAACAGUAAGAAGAGAGUCCUUGAAAGUGCCCAGAUAUAUAUAAAGGCCAUUGGGUACGCAGACCACGCUAUCCACGAGGAAACCAUCUAA